GUGAACAUUCAACAGAAGCCACUGCAUCUCUGAAAUACAACCGCAAUAAGAAUAUUUUCACCACUGAGGUUGUCAUUCCUGAUUAUGAUGUGGAAGCAGGCAUCAAGCUUGCUGUAAGAAAUGCUAAGGGAAAGAAGAUGCAUGAUGUCACCAUUGAUGUAACCAAUAAAAAUAUUCCACAGCUGACUCUUGUUGGACACACAAGACUUGACACGAUGAAGGAUGCCAUGCUACAACUCCAGAUGGUCAUUCCCCCUAUGAAAAUUGAUGCAUCUGUUACUGCAACCCUGAAGAAGGAUGAGGACAUACUCAUAGAGUUAGAGACAGUCAUCAACCUUCCUGAGAUGUCCUCCCAACAGAAAGCUUCCCUCAAAUACAAUAAUGACAGACUUGAGGUAGAACUGAAAUCAGACCUGGAUUCAGAUAUUCAGAGAUUCAGAGAUUCUCACAGGCAGCUUCAACAGCUUAUUGAUGCUGUUCUGGACCAGAAGGUGGCAAACACUGAUAUGAAGCUGCGUCACAUAGUUACUAAAGGAACUGAGGCAGGUUAUAUAUGGCUGGACAAACUGACAGCACAUACGCCUUAUUUUGCAAACCUGCGAAAGAAAAGGAUCAUGUCAGAUCUCACCUUGCCAGCUCUGCCUGAGAAACUAUUUCUGCAGAUUGACAGCUUUUUUCGAUACCAGUUCAACAAGGACAAGAUGGCCAUCUCACUUCCUCUGGCUUUAGGAGGCAAAAAGUCAGAAGAAGUGAACAUCCCAACCAUUCUAUCUAUUCCCCUCCUAGAUAUACCAGAAAUAGGCCUGCAUAUCCCUGCCAAUAACUAUCCGCUACCAUCAUUCACUGUUCCACCUUGUUUGGAUUUCUUUGUCCCCCUUCUUGGUCUUGCACAAGCAUCCACCAAGAUCAACAGCAACUUCUACACAUGGGAAGGCUUCAUAUCUGGUGGCAACAACACUGUUGAUGUCCCCGAAUACGUUGUACAGUACAAGGCUAUGGCCCAAUCACCUUUCAACAUGCUGUCAUACAAGCUUGAAGGAACUGGGAUGAUGUCAGGAAGAGGUGACAAUAAUCUCAAGUAUAUUCUGAAUAGUUCCUUCAGCCAUUGCCUCAUUGACACGAGCUUCAGCAUCUUAGAGACGUUAAGGGUCACAAACAAAUUUAAUGCAAAAGCCAACUAUAAGAUUGAAGUCUCAAGUCCAAUGGGCCUGCAAGCCUCCAUCUAUUACUCUGCUCAGUCAACCUCUACUCUAGAGUCACAUGAAGUCUCAGGAGAUGGCAAUGUGGAAGGACUACUGAAAAUAGGUUCAUUCUACACCAAUACCUCCUACACCAACAGCUACAAUCUGCGUCCACUAGAUAAACAGGGAAGAGGACAGUCAACCCUGCAGAUUGACUCUCCAGUCAUGCAAGUUCACAACAUGAUCCAUGGUGUCUAUGCAAACUCCGAGUUGAACAUUGUGUCCAAAACCAGUGCACAGAAGGGCAUCCUCAAGAAUGUAGCAGAGCUCAAGUAUAAAGAUGCACAACUGACUUUAAAAUCCAACACUGUUGCCACAGCCAUGGGUAAAUUGCUCACUAACAAAGUUGAGCUUGGGGUCUCCAGCCAUAUGGCUAUUCUCAGAAUUGAGUCACAGACAGAUGAAGACACAAAUAGGGUAUACUCACUUAUAACAGGAUCCUUGGAUUUAAACGGGCUUGAGUUACACUCUGAGGGUUCCGCCACAUUUGACACAGGUCGUGGAUUGCACAAAGCCUCUGUUAUGGUUGGCAGAAAUGGUCUGACCAUGAGUGGAACUAAUAGCAUUCAGUGUAGCCCCGUAACAGUGGAAAAUAUCUUCAAUGGUGCUAUAGACAAUGACGGAGCAUCCCUGUCCUCCACGACCAAAGCAAUGGCUGAGGAGAGUAAAGGAGAGCUUUGCAUUGAGGGUAAAAUCACAGCUGAGGAAGCCUCAUUGUAUGGUGUUCUCAAGGGGCAUGCAUAUGAUGCAACCACAAGAACCAUCAUGAAUGUUGUGCUAAACCAAAGGGGUCUGACUUUUACCAGCUAUACUAUGGGAACAGUGAAGCAGAUGAAAACAGAAAAUAGCCAUACACUGAGCAUCACUCUGUGGACCCUAGCCCUCCUCUCCAAGACUAGCAAUUUCAUCUGUGAAGAUAUUUACUAUGAGCAAGACACCAAGGUUGAUAUGAAGCCAUUUCUUAUUUCAUCUGAUAUUACAAAUGACCUCAGGUUUUAUGAUAUCAGUUUGAACAAUGAAGGCCACAUGAAACUUGAGCCAAUUAAGAUGGACCUAAGUGGAAGUAUGAGGGGAGCUUAUGGAGAACAGCACAACAUUAAGCAUACCUAUGAAUUCACCUAUGACAAUAUGGCUGGUACAAUGAAAUACAACGUGUCUGGAGCUGUGAUGGAGGCCCAGCUAAGCCACAACUGCGAACUUGAGUUUGCUGGUCUUUCCUCCAAGUUAAACUGCAAAGCAAAAAUAAAUUCUGAGCCUUUACAUUUGGAUGGCACCAUUCGCACCAUGGCACUGCCGUUCAGCCUCACUCUUGAUGCUUUUGUCAGUAGUGAUGGUGAAAUGAAUCUAUAUGGGAAGCACACCGGACAUCUGUACAGUAAAUUUUUGGUCAAAGCUGAGCCCCUAGCGCUUGCAUGCUCACAUGACAGCCAGGUAUCCACCACACAUAUGCUUCCGAGUGGGGAGACUUCCACUAAUUUAGACAGCAAAGUUGAUAGCAUCCUGACACCAAGUGAUCAAUCACUGACCUGGAAAGUAAAAUCUAAAAUGAACAACCAUGCUUAUAACCAUGAUAUCAAUACUUACAAUAAUCCCCUAAAGAUUGGAUUUGAGUUUUCAGGAGCAAUGUUAACAGACCUUUUUAGCAAACUGAGCAAAAACAAGAGCUCCCUACCAGAAGUACAGGAAUUCAGCAUGGCUGGUUUUCUCAAGUAUGAUAAAAAUAGUAACUGUCAUAUAAUUGAGAUUCCAUUCAUCAAGAAAUUUCCUCCUACUUUUGAGAAGCUCAAGAACACAGUCAUGGAAGCCCUAGAGUCACUUCAACAGUUCAUCAUCAGUUUGGAUAUUAAUCAGCUAAUAGCUAAUUUUAGAGCAAAUUUAGGUAGCCUACCGAUGCAUGUGAGUGACUUCAUGCGAGAAAUGGACUUGGAGAACAAAGUGAAUCAAGUAAAAACAAAACUUGAUUAUUUGAUCAAUGAGUUUUCUGUAACACUGGAUGACUUGGAGCUUGUGAUGAGUACCUUGAGGAAGAACUUGGAAAACAUAGUAAUAGAUGUUGCCACCAAAAUUAGAGACCUCAUCCUCAGACUUGAAGACUAUAUCAAGGCAGGACAUCUUGCCGAGAAGAUAACAACUGUACUUUCACAGAUUGGAAAUCAGCUUCGUGCCUUUGAUGAGAAAUAUAAAAUCAAGCAGUCACUGGUCAGAGCACUUCAUGCCACCGAGGACAUCUUCAGACAGAUUAAUUUACAGAAGCUCACAGCAAGCAGUGCUGCAUGGCUGAAAGAUCUGGAUUCAAAAUAUAGAAUCUUGGAAAAAAUCAAAGACAAACUGUUUGAAAUGAAACAAACCAUUGAGAACUUUGAUGUUAACAAGUUUUUCCAAGAUAUAAAGGAUUAUCUUCUCUCCUUUGACUUGGCUAUGUAUGUUGAGCAGCUAUCAUAUAAAAUCCCCUCUGCAGAGAUAGCAAACGUGAUUGAAUCAAUGAACGAUGUUAUUGUCAAUUGGAUUGAUGAAUACGAAAUCCCUAAAAAACUCAAUGCGGUAUAUUUCUACAUUAGAGAUCUACUUUUAAAAUACAGUCUUGAUGAUAAAUUUAAAGAAUUAAUGGAUCAGAUUGUGAUUCUCAUUAAGGGAUUGAAAAUUGAAGAGACUGUGCAGUCAGUGGUAGAUGCUUUGAAAGCAGUCAACUUUGAAUUUGUUUAUAAUAAAAUUAUGCAAUUUCUUGGCAGUGUGACAAGCCAGCUCAGAGCAAUUGACUUUAAGAAAAGUUUCAGUUAUAUUAAUGAAAGCAUUUCUUCAAUGCUUAAAUCACUGAAGGACUUUGACUAUAGUGUAUUUGUUGAUGAGACCAACAAGAAGAUUGCUGAACUAACAGACUACAUCAACAAGCAGAUUGAAAUAUAUGAGAUAGUACAAAAAAUCGAAGCUCUCAGGGCUUUUUUCCGAGAGCUCCAAAGUUCCAUCUUCACAUAUUUGGAUGAACUCAAAAACACAAAGGUGGCUGAUGCUCUAAAGAAACUAAAAGAUGUAAUCGACACUACAUUUUAUAAUGACAUCAAGAUUAAAGUGCAGGAUAUCCUUGAGGAUACAAGGCAAAGAAUUCUUGACAUGGAUAUUAGAGAGGAAAUACACAGUUACCUCAGAAGAGCAAGUGAAUCCUACAGCAAUAUUGUUGCCUACAUUUCUGCACAGUUUAACCAACUGAUAGAGUUAAUCAGCAAUGUGGUAAAGGACAACGAGAUCAUCUCCAAGAUGAAGAAAGCACUAGAUGUGAUUAUGGUUGCACUGAAAAGAGCUGAGAUUGAAGUUGCAAGUUUUACUUUGCCUCUCACUGACCUUGCCAUUCCAGCAUUUAAAGUCAACUUGAACAAACUACAGGAAAUUGGGAUUCCAGCUCAAAUUUUAGUCCCUGAGUUCACCAUUCUCAACUCCUACACAAUUCCUGCCUUUACCAUAGACUUUGAAAAGAUCAAAGCAAAAAUAAUUGCAAUCAUAGAUGACAUCAGAGGAUUUGAGAUCCAAAUGCCUGAUCCUGAAGAAAUCUUUGGUGACCUAAAAGUUCUCUACCUAUCUAAACUACCAGAUUUCACCUUCCCAGGGAUAACACUUUCAGAAAUAAAAAUUUCACCCAUCCACAUCCCCAAGUUAAAUCUGAAGGAGUUUGAAAUCACAGUGCUUCCAAUUCCAGAGAUCAAAUUGCCUGAGGUUUCCAGUGGCAUUUGCAUCCCAUUUUUUGGCAAACUUAAUGGGGAAUUUAGAGUGAACUCCCCACUGUAUGCUCUUCUUGCUACAGGGAAGAUUGAGAACUCAGCGGCUACCCCAAAAAACCCACAGUUUAAAGCCACCAUUACUUCUCAUGCCAAAUCACCCAUUGAGCAUCUUGAAUACACCUUUGAAGCCACUGCUUUGUUUGAAACUCCCAGAAUGAAGAAGUUGCUAUUCUUAGAAACAAUGAAAGCUACAUACAUGGCCUUUUCUAUUAAUCAUGAAGGAUCCUUGACACUCACUGGCUCUUCUGCUGAAGCUUCUGCCAAGACUACUACCAAGGCCACAACUCAAAUGUAUAUGGCAGACUUGGUGAGCAACAUAGCACUUACACUGAAGAAUGGAAUCUCUGCAGUCACAGACACAAGCUACAGCCACAACUUGGAAAUCCCAUCAAUUGAAAUCUCAAGCAAGGUUUCAGUGAAACAGAAUAUAACAGCUGCAGUAAAAGCUGGCAGAAUUACUAUAACUGGUGAAACUACUGGUAACGGAAGUUGGUCAGUUCAAGACUACUCUGAUGAAGGUACACACAAAAGCAACAUUGAAUUCAGCAUCAAUUUUAACACUGCCAAUUUAACUCUUGUAGGAGAAACAGACUGUAAGGCUGUGAAAUUGAAGAAAACACUGACUGCCGAAUCACUGAUGUUAAGCCAUGUCACUGUUCAAGCAAGAUGUGAAACUGAAACUCCAUCUGUCAAGAAGAGUGUUAUAGUUGUAAAUGGGGAGGCUCAUAGUGGGGACCUGAAAGUUGUACUGACAGUCUUUCAUGAUGCAGAAUUCAUAGGAAGUGUGAUUGGAUCCAUGUCCAACUCCUUGGAAUUCAUGGCCCAUCCAUUUGAGAUUGUGCUUGAUACAAAGAGUAAAGUAAACACAAAGAUUUUUCUUCCUUUGAAACUCACUGGUAAGGUGGAUCUCCAGCACGAUUAUAGGGUUAUGCUUAACUCUGAGAAGCAGCGUGUUUGUUGGUUUGCUUUGGCAAGAUUCAACCAGUACAAGUACAAUCACAAUUUCACAGCAGAAAACAAUGAAAUUGACAUUUUCUUUCACUCAUCAGCAAAGGGAGAGGCCAAUCUGGACUUCCUGACUGUUCCUCUCUCUGUGCCAGAGACAAUUGUACCUUAUCUCAAAAUUAAAACCCCAGAGGUCAGGGACCUCUCGCUGUGGGAACAUGCUGGAUUCAAAACCUUGCUUACCACUCCUCAACAAUCAUUUGAGAUGAAUCUGAAGCUUCAUUACUACAAGAAUCCAGAUACACACAGCUUUGAAUUACACCUAGAACCAGUCUACAGUGCAAUCAGUGACAAUGCCAACAUCAUCCAGGCUCAAUUUGAGCAAUAUAGAGACAAAGUAGUUGCAUUUCUAAAAGAGUCAUACAACCAAGCAAAGUCACAGUAUAUCAAACACAAAAUUGACACUUCUGGUCUGCCUCCUAGAAUUUUCACUGUCCCUGGAUACAAAAUACCAAUACUGAAUAUUGGGGUUUCUUCAUUCAGGGCUGAGUUGCCGGCCUUUAGUUACUUUAUUCCUAAGGAGGUCAGUACGACAAGCUUCAAAGUUCCAGCUCUGGGUUUCUCUGUGCCAUCCUACACCCUUGUAAUACCAUCUUUGACCUUCCCUGUCAUCCACAUUCCAGAAACUUUAAGUGAAAUAAAGCUGCCCACUUUCACACUACCAGACAUUCAGAACAACAUUGUUAUUCCAGCCAUGGGUAACUCCAACAAUAACCAGUCUGACAUUGUUGCACAGUUUGGUGCUUCUUCAGCCUCUGUGUUUGACAUUUUGAAUGGAAAAACUGAUGGCACCACAAGUCUGACAAGGAAGAGAGGAAUAAAAUUUUCCACUACUUUGUCCAUGGAGCAUAUCAACGUAGAAGCAAACCAUGAAUGUGCUGUUAGUCUCACCAAAAGAAGCAUGGAAGCUUCUGUAAUGAACACUGCAAAAAUCAUUCUACCCUUCCUGAAUCUAGAACUGAAUCAGGAUCUCACUGGAAAUAUCAAGAGCAAACCAAAUAUUGCUUCCAAGAAAAAACUGAAAUAUAUGUUUAAUAUUCCUCUGAUUGAAUCUGUGGGCAAAGGAAACAUUGAUAUCAACUGGCAAGAAAAACAUAAGCGUAUUUUAAACAAUAACAUCCUCCAGUUUGACUUAAAUAAGGACUUGGCUCUUGAGGUUUCCUUGCAGCGUAUGUUUAUAACAGUCGAUUACACAAGUAAUAACAAUGUUGAUGUUGUAUCUUUCAACACAAAUGGAAGGCACAUUAUUAAAGGAGAACUAGAUUUUGUUCCUUUAACAACUGUCAAGAUUACACUGAAUAUCAGUGCAAGUCAGCCAAGUAGUUUUGGUCAUGCUAGACUCACUGAGAGCAUCAACCUUACCAUCAGCUCAGAGAAACAGUCCUUCACCUGGAGUGCCUUUGAUGUGCCAUUUACCAACUUACAUGUGGAACCCCUUACAAUUGAUCCAAAGAACUUCAACAUCCCUAAGGUGAUCACCACUACGGCCUUUGAAAUCAUGCUGCCGGCUUUUGGUGCCCUCAGUGCCACUCUGAAGGUUUCCUCGCCUAUUUAUAAUGUGUCAACAACCACCAGCAUUGAGAAAAAAGAUUCUAGCCUUUUAAGUUCACUGAAUUCCAUCCGCGCUUCUACCAUGGCCUUCUUGGACUAUGACUUCUCUGCCAGUGCAACUCUUGGAUUUGAUAAUGAAUUAUUCAGUCUAAAUGGGAAAUGCAAGUUUAUUCACAAUGAUAUUAAUGUUGACUGGCACCAUAUUUUAGCACAAAACAUGAGGGAGUCUCGUCAUACAAUAAAUGUGGACAUUACCAGUCAAACAUUUGCUGAUGCAAGCUUCCGCUUUGCUUCUCGCAAAGAUGGCAUUACUGCAUUUGUGUCUUCUCCAUCAUCUGGUUUCCUUGGAUUGCAUUUACAGGGGAGGUCUCCAUCACAGCUGUAUGGAAAACUAUUCAGUUGCUACAUGUCUACUCCUGACAAGGAUACUGAUGUUUUCACUGCCAAAGCCACACUGAGAAACUCUCAGAAGUUAAUCUUACAGACAUCAUGGAAAUGGGACUUCCUCCAUGAUGUGAUUGAGGGGACCAAGGACAGGAUUCCUGCUAUGGCCAAUGCUGUGCUCAAAUUCAUUAACAAUUAUCACACUGCCCACUUUGGCUUUGAUCUGAACCGUGGUGGCAUGAAGCUGAAAAACACAGUUUCCAGUGUCACAGAGAGAGCCUAUCGUGAGGUCUAUAUGUCUUUCAACAUGUUGCAAAGUAUAAUCAAAUACUUUGAGGAUCAAAGAAAAGACAUGUCCAGGAGAGCUUCUGACAGCUUGAUGUUCAUGAGUGUGCAGGAUGUUAUAGACAGCUUGGCUCAUGAGAAUACAAAAGUUUUUAAACACAGUAAAGACAAGAUUUAUGUCUUGCUAGAUGCAGUCAUUCAGGUCUUGAAUGACACAAAGUUUACAGUGCCAGGAUCUGAAGAGAGGAUCUCGAGUCUGGAGCUGUUCCAACAAGUUUGA